AUGCCGAAUCCCUCCAGUGAAGGCGAGUCGGCCUAUGUCCUGAGCGGUCCUGAGACCCCUGGUAUCGCGCCAGGUGAGCCAUCUCCCGAUGUCGGGACCUCUGCCUUUCCAUCACUCCCAUCCGUCUCGACCGUCGAAGAGUCAACCACUUACAGGUCUGACUGGGACACCUGGGGUGUGGAUUCGACGAAGCGGGCACGAGAGGUUGAACAUAGUCUGUUCUUAAAAGUAUUGUGCUGUCUCAAACGUGACAGGCCUGGGCCUCGUUGGACACCUUGGGACAAGGAUGAGACUGUGCGUUUAGAGCGAACAUAUGGCGACGAGCAAUUGUGGUCGCUAGGGACCGUCUGCACUGUCGCGUGGGUAGAGCUUAGGCUCCAGAUACGAGGCAUCAUCAUGCAUACCCCGGGACGCUCGAACAACUCAAGCACAUCCGUGGUCCUGCAAAGCUUUCUGGUAGGCGCCGACAGAGACCAUCUUCAACCUACCGUCUACAUCAGCGCCAGCUCCAAUUCCUAUGCGAAGACCCUUCUGAGGGUGAUCAAGCGGAGUGGAGUGUUGGAAAGAGACAACCUCGGGUUCGAUGUGAAAAUCAAGGACCAGUAUAAGGAGUCCUCGGAGAAACCUAGGCCAAAACGUGAACCAGACAUGGUCAAUCGCGGCAGCAUGAAUGUCUAG